UUUACAAAUUGGAGGAUAACAAGUAUUUCAUCAAGGACCUUGAAACAAUGACUCAAGAUGAAGAUGAGAGCGUACGGGCAUUUGGGAUGCGUUUUCAAAAGAUCUCCGACGUGCUGAUGAAGAAGGGGAAGAUCUCAGAGGUCGAGCGCUGUACUAUCUUCAUCGGACACUUGUCCAAAGGUAGGCAAAAGAGUAUACUUAGGGAUCUUCCGCACAACAGGCUUGAUUUCUCAGAAGUCCUAAAGCUCGCGAUAAAGGCAGAGGCACACGAUUACAAGGACUUGGUGUGGARAGGGAUGAGGAGACGUGACUUCUCUCUCUACAAGGAGUAUGCCACUGAUAGAUGUCCUGAUUUCAAGGAUUAUCCCUGGUCGGAAAAGAAUGAGGCCGUGGCUGAGGAAGUGAAGGAGAUACGGGACAUGGUGAAGGGAUUAACGAGACAGGUUACAGAGAUUGUGACCGCUACAGGGGUCACGGCCUACCGGGACAAACCUGGAGGGCCCUAUUCACUUCGCUGGGACCGUAGGAACAACGAUCCCUGGAGGAGUGUCGAGGAUAGAAAUCCUCGGACGCUGACUGAUUAUCGUACGAGGGGAAGAGAGAGGGACGAUGAAUCAUGGCGACGUAGGGACGAUAAGAUAGACCGAGACCGCAGAGAACGAGAGCUGUUUGUGCGAGCAAGGAGGCUAGAUGAUUACCCGCGAAGCCCUCGCUAUGAGGCCGAUCGGGGUAGAGGCGACUCCCGCGGCCGAUGGGAGACAGAACAGGGCCGACGAGAUGGAUAUAGGGACGACAGAUACGASAGAUCGGACCGAGAUGRAUAUAGGGACGACAGAUACGAGAGGCCGGGUCGAGAUGGCUACAGAGGAAGUAGAUAUGAGAGAGGAGAUCGGUGGGAACGACAAGAUGGGUCACGCGGACGGUUUGAGCGCGGGGGAGAUGCGAGAGAGCAGUGCGACGAGUCGCGGGGAUGCCAGAGCAUCAAGAUAACCGUUGAGAGGGAUAUCGCGACCACACCCAUAAGGGUGGCAGCCACCAAGUCGGCAAGAGGGUCUACAUCAAAGAAGACUGACACGGAUUACGUGAUGACGGAGAAGGACGGGCAGCGGGUCGAUGGAGAGGAGGUUAUCCUUUCGCCGCGAAAGAGGGGAGUGAAGAAGUUCUUAAUGAAGAAUUCGCUGGACGAGAUUGAUACGGUUGAGCCACUGAGGCGGACCCUUCGGCAACCAAUGCAGUGUUCUAUUCUGGAGUACCUGGCGGCAUCGAAGCCGGCUCGUGAUGAAUUACAGAUGAUCACGCGGAGGACUCGCAUACCUCUAUCAGAGGAGGGUCAGGGGGCCCCUAAAGCGGAAGCUUCUACAGUAGCGGUAACGGGGGUGACUGCCAGAGCGGAUCGCAUGGCGACAGUCCUUCUCGAUGGGAUGGAAGGUCUGUCUCCAGACAAGUUUUAUAUACUUGGUAGCGGGGCCGUGGAGACGAUUAUAAACGAUGGAGCGAUACUCGAUGCUGUGAUUCAUAACGACAGUGAGGCUGUCAUCAUAGACGAGGACUUGGCAGUAUAAGUUGGACUGGGCCUCGAUAGGUCAUACCUAUUCGAGA